AUGAGACCUCAAGCCAUCUUGCCAGACGCACUCUCCGCUGUGGGUGAGACGCCGCUCAUUCAACUGAACCGGAUCCCACAGGCAGAGGGCAUCAAGUGCAAGGUGAUGGUCAAGUGCGAGUACUUUAACGCUGGUGGAAGUGUCAAGGACCGUAUCGCUCGUCGUAUGCUUCUGCAAGCUGAACAGGAUGGGACACUCAUUCCUGGCAAGUCGAUCGUCAUCGAGCCUACCAGCGGUAACACGGGUAUCGGACUUGCUCUUGCCUGCGCGAUUCGAGGAUACCGUUGCAUCAUUGUUCUCCCCGAGAAGAUGUCGGCCGAAAAGGUCAACACUCUUCGUGCUCUUGGCGCCCAAGUUAUCCGCACUCCCACCGAGGCUGCCCACGAUGAUCCUCGUUCCAACAUUAUGGUCGCCCGUCGCCUUCAGAAGAACAUGCCGGACGCUGUGAUCCUGGACCAGUACAACAACCCUCACAACCCGGCUGCUCACUGGGCUACUGCUGAAGAGAUCAUCGAGGCUAUCAAGAGCGGACCUGCUCCUCCUUCCUCCACCUCGCUUCUCCACCGCAUGCCCCAUCUUUCGCUCUCGGCCGACAAGAAGGGCGAGUCGAUCGAUUCGGCUUGCGCUCGCCCUCUCACCCCUGACUCGAACCGCGGUGCUGACGAGCCGAAUGGCUCCACUCAGACCUACUCGGACAAGGUCGACGUCCUCGUUGCUGGUGUUGGCACUGGUGGAACGAUCAGCGGUAUUGCAUCGCGCCUCAAGCGUCCUGACCACAACCCUAACUGCUUCGUUCUUGGCGUUGACCCUGUCGGAUCGACUCUGGCCUUGCCUGCCUCGCUCAAUGAUCUGCCCGAAGGUAGCGACGGAUCGUACAAGGUGGAGGGGAUCGGUUACGACUUUGACCCCAACACGCUUAACAAGAACGUCAUUGACCAGUGGACGAAAAGCGAGGACGAGCAGAGUUUCGCCUACGCGCGCCGUUUGAUCCGGGAUGAAGGUAUCUUGGCUGGCGGCUCUUCGGGUGCUGCUGUCAGUGCCGCUAUCAACUGGCUUAAGCCCGGUGGCGCUGGUUAUGACAAGUUCGGUUGCAAAGCUGGACUCAACGUUGUCAUCGUUUUGCCGGACAGCUUGCGAAAUUACAUCAGCAAGCCUUGGUUGGUCUCGGAUGCCAAGCCGGAAGGUCGGGAGGCCGAGAUUGACUAUGACAAGUUGCAGUAG